AAUACGGGAAGAAGGGAGAGGGGGUGUGAGAGAGAGCAAUGAAUGACGAGGGUGGGUACAAGUGAUCAACGAGAAAAAAAAACAACAGAAGACGUUGGCAUAUCAGCUGGUCAUUAUAGCCUCGACGUUUAUAUACCACCUAUGGAGUAUCCCCAAAUUACUUACGAGGACAAUUUCACCUGUAAAACUCUGGGACCGUUUUUUGCUAAAUUUUGUCCUUUGCAAGCAGGCAAAACGUAUGAUGAAACCGCUUGGGUGAUUGCCAAUUUGGCUUCCUAUGGCGUUUCACCGGGCGAUUACUUUGUUCGUGCUCGAUUCUGGAACGAGAAAGGCCAACUAUUUAUUUGUGCAGAGGCGAAUGUGUCGAUCAUACCAUAGCACAAUGUACAUGUGUACAUAUUUCAUUAUUCCUGAGUACUUUCUGCAUGCUGAGAUAAUUCACGCUAUCAAUGAAUUAAAACUUAUUUAAAAUCACCCCGUGUAUCAGUCCACUGGUAGCGAUUUUGCUUCUCCUCUAGCCAGAAUAUAAUUAUAAAAGAUCAUGAGAUGCCCUUCUUUGCCGUGUCAUAUUUAUAUUUUGUGAACGAUACUAGUGUGUUGAUAAAAAGAGACACUGACUGUCAGAAUCUGAAUGUCUGUGUUUGAAAUCUUACUCAUAUCCACUGCUUGAAAUGAUGUUAAGUUUGUUAUAUAUGUAAUAAAAAUAUCACUCAAAAAGUUGUAUGUGUUAAUUCCGACCGCAUUCUUCUCACCCUUAUUCAAGUGUUAUUCUUUUUCUUACUUUCUUCUGCCCAUGAACUGCAUCAUAUAAUUUAUGAUAAACAUACAAAUAUUAACAGCCUACUUGUGUAACCUUGCAAGCCAUACAUAUAUUUUCGAAAACGGGUUACUUUUUUUAGGUUUAAUGAAUGUCAUUUCUUUGUAGAUCUGCUGUUAUUCAGUACUGUUGUAAGGUUUAUGGCUUGAACUUUCACUAAUUGCAGGUAAGUCAAAUAAGUACUGGUAAAUGAAUAGGGAGUGACUGAAUGUAAGUUAAAUUUCUUUAUGAGUCAACGUGUGUAGAGACUGUUUCAGUAUCAGGAAAAUAUGAAAAAGGUCAAAGUCACAUAUAUUUUAAUUCGAUAGGUUAAUUUCACAAUGAAACAAGAAAGGCCCACUACUUAUUUGUGGAGAGGUGAACGUGUCGAUCAUACCAUAGGAAAACAAACGUACACCUAAUAUUUUAUCGAAAAUAACAGACAUCCUCCUGUUUACUACAAUACAGAAAAUCCGGUGACCAUACGAGUAGGCCUACGUUGGAAACAAGAGGAGGCGUGUAAGCCUGUUAACCUGAUUGCAUUCAACAAGAGCCCCCGUGAAUGUGGUGCACACUAGGUAGUACAACAGAUUCAUCGUAAACACACCAAUACAGAAAUAAGGGUGCACUCAAUUGGCUGUCUCACCUAACAAAAUCACUUUUUGUAUCUAUAAAGGGUCGAUUUGCUUCAGUCAUGGAAUUACAACCAAUUAUAUUCACAUGCUUCAGUGUAGCAAAGCAUAAUAAAAAUGCAUUAAAACUGGCUCAGCGGCCCAAUAUCAACAAACUUUUAUGCAGAUUGAUAGAACUGUUACCAAAUACUAUUUCACAAAACUAUGUCAUUUUUUAAAUCUUUUAAUGUCUUUGCUUUGCUUUUUAGCUCACUUGCUGAUUAUACACGUUUGAAAUAUCAAAAUGGCCGCCAAAACGUAUUCUGGUAGCAGACAGUAAAGAAGAGUAGCAAAAUCAGUAUAUGUAUAAUUAAUCAAGUGUAAGUUCUUGCUUCGGUGAGAUUUUUGUGCGAAUAAAAACACUGAGUCAUCAUAAUUUAACAAAAGCUGCUCAACUGGGUGCCAGUUAAUUUUGUUGUUGCCUCCCUAUCCAAAAUUGACAAACAUCCUAUGAUUUUUCAUUAUGGAAAGUUUCAUGCUUUAAUCAACUUUAGCACAAUUUCGGAAACAUUUUGGACUUCGCCGCCAGACGACUUGAGACAUUCAGGAAGACUUUUCUUUUCUUAUGUACGGAGUAUAUCAUGAAACAUGAUAAAAAUCCACAUGACAUGUGUUCAUAGAAAGAGGAAGUCAUAAGUUAGAAGGAUUAUUCAUCGGUUUUACUUGCGUUUGUGCUUGCUUGGCAGAUAACCUGAAGCUUUGAGAGACUUAGAAAGGAUUCAAGAUCAUAGUUUUACAGUAAAAAUACGGAAAGACACGUCUAAAAAAGGCUAUGAACACCCAAGGCCGGAUCAUGUUGAGCCCUGUGAUUGCCGUAGUGGGGUUGUGCUUAGUGGCUGCAGCCACGGGAAAAUCUCGGCGAUUUGAGCCCAGCAAAACUGAAAAUGGCGACAAAGGAAUUGUAAAAAGUUGUGGAGGGCAGAAAUUCUACGCUUGGUUUUCUCCCAGUAAAGUGCGUGAUGGCGACAACGUAACGUUCCACAUGACCAUUACCCCAGACGUUGGCAUAUCAGCUGGUCAUUAUAGCCUCGACGUUUAUAUACCUCCUAUGGAGUAUCCCCAAAUUACUUACGAGGACAAUUUCACCUGUAAAACUCUGGGACCGUUUCUUGCUAAAUUUUGUCCUUUGCAAGCAGGCAAAACGUAUGAUGAAACCGCUUGGGCGAUUGCCAAUUUGGCUUCCUAUGGCGUUUCACCGGGCGAUUACUUCGUUCGUGCUCGAUUAUGGGACGAGAAAGGCCAACUGUUUAUUUGUGGAGAGGCAAACGUGUCGGUUAUACCAUAGCACAAUGUACGU